UUGGUUGCGGAGGAAAGCCGGGGCCUUGUGUCUUAGCAGAGCUCGAUUUCCGCCGCCAUGAAUGUGGCGGGCGGCCCAGGCCUGGCCGGGGGAGGAAUGGGGCGCAUGCGUGAGUCUGCCACCAAACGCCGCCUCCCCGCUGCCUCAGACCCACACCGGCUUUUUGAGGACACCAGUGCCUCCCCUUCCACCGGGACUCUUCCUCCAGGAAGCAGCAAUAGCGCUGGCAGCGCCUCAUCUUCUUCCUUGGCACCACAGGGACCCUUCUUGGCAGACCCAGUCUCCACUUUUGCCGCAGCCUAUGGGAGCAGCCUCGCUUCGCAGGGCAAGGAGCUGGUGGACCGCAACAUUGAUCGCUUCAUCCCCGUGACCAAACUGAAGUACUACUUUGCUGUGGACACUGUCUAUGUGGGCAAGAAACUGGGACUGCUUCUCUUUCCGUUCCUGCACCAGGACUGGCAGGUUCAGUACCAGCAGGACACCCCUGUGGCCCCACGCUUUGACAUCAAUGCCCCGGACCUCUACAUUCCAGUCAUGGCGUUCAUCACCUACAUUCUGGUGGCAGGUCUGGCACUGGGAACACAGAAUAGAUUCUCCCCUGACCUGCUGGGCUUGCAGGCAAGCUCAGCCCUGGCUUGGCUCAUUGUUGAGGUGCUGGCCAUCCUCCUCAGUCUCUACCUCGUGACAGUCAACACAGAUUUGUCCACGAUCGACUUGGUUGCCUUCUCAGGGUACAAGUACGUCGGGAUGAUUGUGGGCCUUUUGGCUGGACUGCUUUUUGGGAAGAUGGGUUACUACCUGCUGCUCAGCUGGUGCUGCAUCACGAUUGUUGUCUUUAUGAUCCGGACCCUGCGCCUGAAGAUCUUGUCCGAGGCRGCUGCAGAAGGGGUCUUAGUGCGGGGUGCCAAAAACCAGCUGCGCAUGUACCUGACCAUGGCGGUGGCUGGCCUGCAGCCGCUCCUCAUGUACUGGCUGACCUUCCACCUUGUUCACUGACGGCUCCCAGGCUACAGCCAGCCAAGUCUUCCUCUGCAAGUAGCCAGCUGGGUGGCCCACUCACUGGUCGCUGUACAAACACACUGGGAAUAGAGACAGCCGUGAAGUACUGCGGCUCGCGAGAAGACUGCAAGUGAUCUGUGUGUGUGUGUUGAUAUGUGAUGGAGGCUGAGGGAUAGCAGGAAUGUGAGCCUGGAKAUGAGAGAGUGAGUGUGUGUAUAGGGAAGCAUACACACCCCACGUGUCCCUCCCAACUGCCUUUGUUUUGGAAGAGGAGUUAGGUUCCUCCACAGCCUUUUUUUGGCUCUGACUGAAUUACCACCUUUCUGUUGCCCCACUUGCCUCUGCAUGCAUGCCAUGACCCUGUGCUUACUUUUUGGGUACACCUCUGGUUUAGGUCAAAAGAGUCUGCCUGGCAGCUGUUUGAACAGCUCUUGAAUCUGUCUGUGAGUAAGUCAGUAUUAUUAUUAUAAUUAUUAUUAUCACACUGGGAAGACUUUGGAAGCAGAUAGAAUAGUCUGAAAAGGGUGCUUACUUCUCUGUUUACGGUUAAAGCCUGCGCUGUACCCACAACAAGCAAAAUAAAAAGUGAAAACUC